CUUAUCAUAAGAAGCUCGCAUGAUGCUACUUUAACAAUCCUCAUAACCUCCUACGUUAAGUCAAAAAUCGCUUCCUCUCAACAACAAAUGCAGAAAAUGACUCCUACCCAAACACAACUUCUCACUUCUCACAGACCCCAUCUCUCAAUUUCAAUUACAAUCAAAACUGAAAAACACCCAUAUCCACACCCACCCCCACCAAUACUCACGACUACUUAAUUUAAAAACCAAUUCCAACUCAUCACCAACCCCUCUCCCUAUCUCCCUCUCUGUGUAUCGGCAAUGUCUUCCAAGAAGCAAAAGCUACUUAGAGCAAUAUUCACGGCCAGUGCAGGGUGUGGUUGUGGCAGACCAAAACCCGCAGACGUAUAUGAACCCAUAACAAUCCCCAAAACCUCCAAAAACCCAAAGAUUAUGAACCAGUGUUCCUCUUCAAGCAAUGGAGGAAUUUCAAUUGACGAGAAGGAGAACUACACGUCUACUACAAUCUCAUUCAAUGUGGACAACACAUCAACACGCAACUCUGAAUACGAGAUCGAUCCGAGACCAUCAAAGAAUAUGCCAAGCCCGUGCCCCAAAAUCACCGACAGCAUUGCGGUAGAGAAGGAUUCGAGUAACCCAUAUCAGGAUUUUCGACAUUCGAUGUUACAGAUGAUAUUUGAGAAGGAAAUUUAUUGUAAAGAUGAUCUGCAGGAGCUGUUGAAGUGCUUUUUGGAGCUGAAUUCGCCUUGUUUUCACGAUGUUAUUGUUAAAGCUUUCAAGGAGAUCUGGAACGACAUCGUCUCCAAGAGUCCGGUGUUUUUGGGAAGUUAACUCCCCAUGUGAGUCCUAGCUACUUUACACGUGGUGGGCAUUCGCGAACAUUGAAUUCACACGUGAGAAGCUUCACGGGACUGUUGGGGAGCUCUGGAUCGAUAUUAAUAAUAAGCUUUUUAUUUCUUUGCUCUUGUGAAUAAUAUUUGAUACAACAUUCCGUAAUGACAACUGACAAAGAGUGUGAUUUUAUAUAUUUUAUGUAUCAUAUGCACGGAGAAUAUUCAACAUUGGCAUUUAUGUUGCUUUUAAUAACAGUAGUAGUUGGCGAUAUAUUAAUCUUCGUACGAGUGUUAAAAAAUCGUAGAAACUGAAUUGGUCACCAAAUAAAUUGAUUGAUUGGUAGUUUAAAAAAAAAAAAUUACUUGAAAUCGACCAAAAUAACUGAAAAACCCUCCCACCACUACCUCUCCGAGUGCAAUUUAUUUGUGAAAAAUAUGGAUGGAUUAUGAAAACUCAAUUGGCCCAUGGGCCUCUAAUAACAGGGUUGAUGACUUGUUGGUAAACUGAAUGGGCCGGAUUUUCCCUUCCAAUUAUUAUAGUAUUAUAGUACCAUGGUAAACUAAAUGGG